CGGAAAAAAAAAAUUCCCCACCCCUGUCGCCUUCGCAUUUCUCCCUUCACCGCCGCCGCCCGCCCGAUCCCCAAAUCCUCCCGCCGCCGCUCGCCGGGGUCCGGGUCCGGGUCCGGCCAAACAGGCAGCAUGGCGGAGGCGCUGAUGGACGAGCUCCUCGAGGAGAUCCUCCUCCGCCUGCCGCCGGACGACCCCGGGAGCCUCGUCCGCGCCGCCACCGUGUGCAGGCGGUGGUGCCGCAUCGUCUCCGCUCCCGGCUUCCGCCGCGGCUUCUCCGAGCGCCACCGCGCGCCCCCCAUGCUCGGCUUCUUCGCCAACCUCACGGUCGGCGACGAGGACGCCGACUACGAGGACGACUUCGUCGCCCGCUUCGUCCCCGCCACCGCCUUCCGCCCGCGCCGCGCCGACCGCCUCGACCGCCGCGCGCUCGACGCCCACCACGGCCGCGUCCUCCUCACCACCGCGCCCUGGGGGUCCAACCUCGAGGUCUGGGACCCCGUCACGGACGAGCUGCGGGAGCUUCCCCGCCUCGCCCUGCCGUACUCGCCUUUCAGCUGGAACGCGGCGGUGGUCUGCGCCGCCCACGGCGAGUGCGACCACCUCGACUGCCGCCGCAGGCCCUUCCUCGUCGUCUUCCUGAACGACUCCGACCCUGAGGGUAUGCACGUGUACGUUUACUCAUCGGAGGUUGGCGCCUGGAGCCAGCCGAUCUACGGCGCUCCCUCCACAACCUAUGGGGUCGAGAUGGUUCCUACUGCCCUUGUGGGGAAUGCACUCUACUUCCUGAUUGAUGCGACCAACAGCAUUCUGGAGUACGAUCUGGCCAAGCGGAGCGUGUCUGUGCUUCACCUGCCUCUCGGUUUCGUUUCGGACUUUGCGGUGCUCACGACGUCGGAGGAUGGCAUGUUGGGAUUCGCAAGGGUGGAGAAGUCCAGACUCUGGCUCUGGUCAAUGGAGACAGGUCCUGAGGGGGAUGCUACGUGGGCACCAAAAGGAUCCAUUGAGCUCUUGUCACCGCUUCAAGUUGACGCCGCUGCCAUCGUAAAUGAUUAUGUUGGUUUUGCACAUGGCGCCAGGGUCUUUUUUGUGGGGACGGAGGAUGCUUGGUUCAGUAUUGAUCUAGAGUCCGGACAGGUGAGGGAGGAGGACUGUGGUGAUGGUCACGCCCACGGUGUCGUUCCAUACACGAGCUUCUACACCCCAGAUUUUCAUCAGUAUGGAUUAGCUCCUCUGUGAACCAAAUAAGUGCUGAGCAAGCAGCAAACUACUCCUGGAUGAUGGAGGGAGGAGGAGGCUAACAGUUUCUGCAGCUUAAAAUCUUCAGGUGGAUCGGUUGGGAUGAUGUCUCACUGAAGCAGAGGGGUGAAACCAACGCAAAAACCACCUUUGACUGUCCUGUUCCCCUAGAGCUUAAGUGUGUAACCUGAAUGCUGUCAGCAUAUGUACUUUUUCGUGCCUACAUCCAUGAUCCAUGGGCAGGCUUCCGAUCAUUUUUUCUUUUGUUUCUCUUGGUGAAGUGAAACUCUGAAUCUGAAUCUCAGGUUCGCUGCACAUACUGCAGGUCACUGUAGUCUUAUGCAAAUCACAGUACUGUCAAGGCAUGUUUGACAGGAUUAUAAACAGUUUCUGAAUAGAUGGGUCGCUUUCAGUUAACCA